CCUUAUUAUCAUCGAUGGUGACGUCAUCGAAAUAAAAAAAACGAACAAGUUAAAUUAAUUUUCUAUUCUUGUAACGUAGCGUAAAUAUCUUUCAGAUGGCGGACAAUACACCUUCAUCUUCGUCGUCAUCCUAUAAUGAUGAAUAUCAAGUGAAUCUUCAGACGGUACCCGAUGUUGUACUCAGUCACCUAUUAUCUUAUUUAUCCUACGAACAAAUCAGUAAAGUACGGUCGCUAUGUGCAAGAUUCAACUUCAUCGGUCAACAGGUGCUCAAUCAAGGCUUCUCCAAGCUUGACCGCUACCAUGGCCAGUGUGCCAAGGAGCUCAAAGCCCAGCUUCCCCGCAGGGAGUCUGAACGUAGGAUGCACCCCCUAGCAAGGCAUUGUGACAUCCUCUCUGCAGUGGAGACGAGGUUGUCCCUACUUGCCAUGACCUACACAAAGUACAUUGACCUACAGCUCUGCUGCUUCAUACCAGGAAAGGUCAUCGAUGAAGCUUUUAAUGUACUCCACCUGGUCAAAUUCACCAAGGUCCCUCCGCCUACCCAUGAGCUCCUGCAGGAGCUGAGGGAUCUCUCCUCUAUGGCCAUGGAGCACUUUGACGAGAAGAUUGUCCCUGACCUCAAGAAGAAGUCAGGUGUUGAAGUCCGUCCCUCCAACCUUGGCAACCAUACACUUUCAACCCUAUCAGGUCGAAGUCUGAAGGUCAGCUCCUCCCUCUCGGUUCCUUCAGGGAGCCGAGAGCAGUUCAGCAAGCUCCACUCCCAGUACAAAGCCACCCUUGCCUCCUUCAACACCCACCGACGGGAGCUCCAGUCCUGCAAGGCCGAGCUCCAGGAGAUGCGCAAGAUCUCUGACGAGCAGAACAAGAAGAUGACGCAGCAGCAGCAGCUGACCACCGAGCUGUCCAGUCGGCUGGCCUCGCAGAACCUGAGGGUGACGGAGCAAGAGAAACGCAUCUCGGAACAGGACAAGAGAUUGGCCGUCCUAGAGCAGAAAUUGGAGGCCUUCUCAAAGCCAACCGAGAGAAUUGUCUCAGGCGUGGCUACAAAGAGGAAAGCGGAAGACAGUUCUGGAGGAGGGGGUGGUGCUGGAGAACCAUGUUCCAAAAAGGAGAAGGUCUAGCUCAAGAAAAACCUCCUGAAGAAGGCUUCCUGCUUUGAAGGAAAAAAAGACAAUUUUCAGGGCAGUGCUAUUUAUGAUCGCAGAUUCACUGGUGAACGAAAAUAGGUAACUUGUUUGAUGUUGAAUUUCAUGCAAAAGAGUCGAAGUGUUCAAGGAGAUAAGUGAUCAAAUUACUUCUCUCCAUCAUUAUUUAUGUAUCCCCUUGCCUACGCACACACUCUCAACUGUAUUGACACAAUUUCCUAUGUUUAGUUGAAUAGAAGAAAGGGAGGCAUUUUAAAAAGGAAAGCAAUCACUGCAAUGAACAGACAGUAGUUUCUAUGGGUAAAAUAUCUGUGGAGCAAAUGCUUAUAUAUCUGUAUCUGCUAUUAGAGGUUGAAAUUGGUUAAAUCUUGGUUAGCUGGUACUACAUGUAUCAUCAUGUCAUGAACUCCAGCAAGACUAUUUUUAUACUCUUGGUCCAAGAUUACAAUCCACAUUUUGCUGUGGCAUGGGAAGUAUUUUCAAAUAUUUUCCAGUAUUCUUUCAUGAUUGCAGUUGAGGGUUUGGGAUAGCCCAAUGUUGUUUGAAUAGAAAGUGUGAAGAUGGCAAUAAUAGGGGGUUGGUAUGAAAUUGGCCAGGUGCUAACACUUGAUGUCAUCAUGUCCUGUGAGACAGAGAGUAGUGGGGCUCAGGGAAGAUCUAUCUUCAUGUCACGCUUCAACUGAAGCAAAGCCAUUGCUUAGAAUUUUAAACAAAAUGCCAUCAUUCAACUAAAAGCCAUCUGUCUACUGAAAUAUUCAAUUUGAAUUCCAUAUUGGAAUUGUCCUUUAAUGAAUUACAUUUCUGAAAAUGAAAAAUCAUGCAAAGUAUAUUUAAAAAACAAAACAAUCAUGGUUCCAUCGUAUAUCUUUGGUAUAUAAAUUGUGAAAUAGUAUGUCAUUUUUAACCACAGUGAAUAUUUAUAAUCCAGAUUUAAAACUUGUCAUCAAAUAGGUGAAGAUUGGAGGUCUAAGCUUUGCCUAGAUGUACAUGUAAAGUUAAAAUGCUCAGAUAAUUUGGCAGAGAAUAUUUAAGUAAAGGGAGAAGGUAAUACUUACACUAAAUCAAAAUCAUGUAAUAGUAUUCAUUAAAAUGAAAUAAGUACUUUGAAUUAUUUAUAUGUGGUUUCCAUUCAUCUUCUUUGUGAUGCAACAUAGGGCCUUUAGAGGCCUACAAUUUUCUCUUGCUAAGGUUACUACCUCUUUACAUAUUGAAAUGAAGAAGCACACAAAGUGGACCAUCUCUGUAUUUUUAGCUCUGUGGGGGUGUUUAUUGAUUGUAUUUUUAUAUGUUAUGACCCACCCUAGUAUAAACAAGAUCUGGUAUCAUUGAUGCGUGCUUUCAAGUGAAAUCUAAUGUUGGAUAUUUACCGCAUUUGCCGGCGUAAAGGCCGCAGUAUUUUUGGAAGAGAAAAUAUCAAAAAGUCGGGGUGCGGCCUAUGCGGCGAAAGAGUUAAA